AUAAAAAUUCAAAAUUGUCUUCGCUCAGCAAAAUACAUCUUUCAAAUAUCUUACAAACAAGAUUAACUCUCAGCUGUGACCUUGUUAGACGGUGUGUCCAUUGAGUCUUGUCAAUACUGUGCAUUUCAUGCAUCGACCAAUCUCCAGCCUUUUUGUCUCUUCAAUUGUGAAUUCGAAAUAUACUAGUGUUGCACUGGGGAUCUGAGCUUGCUGGUAUCAUGGCAGUGCUCUUGGAGACCUCUGUUGGGGACAUCGUGGUGGACUUAAUGCUGGAGGAGCGACCCAAAGCUUGUUUGAAUUUCCUGAAGCUGUGCAAGAUGAAGUAUUACAACUACUGUCUUUUCCACACUGUCAAGGCAAACUUUGUGGCACAGGCCGGUGAUCCCAGUAAUACGGGAGAUGGAGGGACCAGCAUUUGGGGUUUGCGUGAUGGUGACAGUCAGCGGUUUUUCGCCGCUGAGAAGACACCGCGUAUCAAGCACACUAAUAUCGGCUGCUUGUCCAUGGUCAACGACGGCAAUGGCCGACACUCCUCGCAGUGGUUCAUUAGCCUGGGUGCUGAGCUAGACUACCUGGAUGCUCAGGAGCACACUGUCUUUGGAGCGGUGUCGGAGGGGAUGGACGCACUGCAGAAGCUGAACGAGGCGUACUGUGACAAGGAGGGAAGACCGUACCGGGAUAUUAGGAUAAACCACACGGUUGUUCUGGAUGACCCGUAUCCAGACCUGGAUGGCCUGCACAUUCCGUCACGGUCACCGUCUCCUUCAGCAGAACAGCUCAAGAGUAGUCGUAUCGGUGCAGAUGAAGACCUCGAUGAUAACCAGGGCCUGACGGCGGAGGAAAUCGAGGAGAAGAUUGCCGAGCAGGAGACGGCUGCGCACACGACUGUGUUGGAGAUGGUUGGGGACAUCCCGGAUGCCGAUGCCAAGCCACCCGACAACGUUCUGUUUGUUUGCAAGCUGAAUGCCGCCACAACGUCUGAAGAUCUCGAGACCAUUUUCUCUCGGUUUGGCACGAUUCUCAGCUGUGAGGUGAUUCGAGACAAGAAAUCUGGCGAAUCUUUGCAGUACGCUUUCGUCGAGUUUGAGCGUCCCGAAGACUGUGAAGAUGCCUACUUCAAGAUGGACAACGUGCUUAUCGAUGAGCGACGUAUCCAUGUUGACUUCAGCCAGUCUGUUGCGAAGGUCAAGGGUGGAGUGAACUCAUUAACGGCCGGAAAGAACAAACCCGAAUUCAAGCUGAAGAACCGUGACAGGCGUGGCAAUGAUAAAUAUAAGAUGGUGUUUGAUGAUCUGGACACUGCUGCUUUGGUGGCAGAGGACCUUUCUUCAGCCAAGCAGUCACGCAAGUCACACAAGAAACACGAUCACAGUGAAGGUGAUAGCAGGAAGUCCAGCCGCUGGGACAGCAAAGACCGCCAUCGAUCCAGAUCUCCGCACGAUGCCAAGAACGAAUCAAGACAUCACCGAGCUGAGGAGGACCGUCACCAUCGAGCGCCUGGCAGCAGUAGCAGUCACUCAGCAAGCAGCAGUGGCAGAUCAGAGCGACAGCGCGAUGACACCAGUCGACAUCGUCACUCUGACAAGGACUAUGAUCGACACAGAUCACGUGACGGCGAAGAUCACCACGGUGAUUCCCAUCGUCACCGUGGUAGCGACGACCGCGAUCACCAUCGGCAUGGAAACAGCAGCCAUUCUCGAGAUGAGAGGUAUCGUGAUCGAGGCGCCGACUCUCACCGUCGACACAGAUGAACACAGUCUGAGCCAUUGCUCCCCUAGGCUGUUUUUUUUUAGCGUUUCUCUCGAGAAUGUGUGCAAGCACAUUGACACACACACACACACUUGUCUUCUCAGAAGGGUGCAUGGAUCCUUUUGGUACGCUGAGGCUGAGAUGAUGGCGUCUUUGAAAAAGCCCUGCGCCGUUGACCGACGAAUUCUGAAAGACCCCAACCACUAUGCAUCAUAUUGCUAUGACCGUAGACACUGAAGACUUCCUUUCGCCGAAGGAUGUCCCUAGCUCUUGAACAGACUCUGAAUGGCCAGUCGGUGUGAAUUGGUGGACAUGUGUCAGGAUUCGCCUUUACCUGGAGGAUCUGAUUGUGUGCUAUGAACUCGUACUGUAGCAUGGUGCGCGGUGUGCCUGCUGGCUGGAAGUGAGCAGGUUACUUAGUAUUGGUGUUGAGCAAAUGCCAGCGAUUGUCUGGGAUAUUGGCACUGCUGGUGUGCAUUGUGCAUGCUGCCGCUCUGGAGACCUGCAAGUGUGCACUGGCCACCAGUCACUGCAUGCCCGUACCAACAUGCGUCCCCGUUCUAUGUGGACUGACUUGGUGGAACAUGCUCAUGUGCAGUUCAGGCUAGGCAUUCUCACGCCGCAUGCUUAAAACAACUCCGAGCGAAUGUCCUUUCGAUAGCGCUGCCGCUAUCUCCAAAACACUGCGCUGACUGUGCUAGCCCGCAGCAUUGGGUGUGAAUACCCUGUGUACAGGUUAUUACCUGCUGCAGCCUGCUACCUACAGGUAUGUGUGCGUGUGUGCAUGCAUGCGUGUGCGGAUGCACUUGUACUAUAGCCUAGGGUGCCUUCAUGGAUUGUACAUGGAUAUUGAUUCACUCAGAGUGGUGAUCUCACCACAACUCUCAACUUACUAUAAUUAUUUUGAGCUAUCACAUAUUUCAGGUCAUGCAGCAGCCAUUGGACUCGCUGGGAACGUGUGAUGCUAAAGUCAAUAGCUACUUCUUGAUUGUUACCUUUUUGUGUUUUCUUUUGGUUAUUGCCUGGCAAUGCACCACACUGAACUCCUUCGCACCGUAUACCUAUGUACUUGUAGCUGUCAGGGAGUAGCAAUGGGUAUUCACUAUUCAAUGUUUUCAAAGUUGACAGCAGGGUAUUCUUGUGCUCCCUGGGGGCUGUGUUUGUACAGUAAUGAUCAUGUCACUACAAUCAUUAUCUGUGCAAUUUAGCUGCUUGUACCUAAUGAUUGCUAUGUCUGCUGGCAGAAAAACUGUGAAACACGGCUUUUUUCUGCAAGAAAAAGCGGUGGUUGAGGGAAUUGUGUGUCAUUACAUGUAUAAUGGUGGUGUGUAUGCCGGACUUCUAAUGCUCCUGGAUACAAACAACUGAAACAUCUGAAACAAAUAGCCGUGGUUGGCUAUAAAAACCCUGCAAUCGCCACGCAAAGUGGUCAUUGGCUACCCCAGCCAUGUAUUGCUUGGAAUAAAAUAAAUAAUACAUAAA